UUUUUUAAGUAUUAGUAAUAUUCCUUUCAAGAGGUUCUUCCAAACAAUUUAGCUUCCACUAAUGUUCAGCGUAUCAGUCUUUAAGAGAAGUUUCUCCUAUCAUCACGUGAAAAAACUUCAUUUUUAAUCAGUUCGCUUGAAACACAGCCAAUGUAAAGACGUCUCACAAUGCCGCAGUGUGCAUUCAAAAGUUGCAAAAAUAAUGCCCGAAAAAGCAAUUUAACGGCCGGAGUAUCUUACUUUCGCUUUCCUAGCAAUCCAUUGACCUGUGCAGAAUGGAUCUCGAUUGUCGCCAGAGCAAGAAGAGAUGACUUUUAUAAGCCAGCCAAGAAUUCGGUUAUAUGUUCGGAUCACUUUGAUAAAUCGGAUAUAUCCGGAAAUACUAACCGACGUCGUUUGGUUAAAACAGCAGUUCCUAAAUUACAGAUUCAACCCCCGUUGCAGGACGUACAAUUGGCAUCACCCAAUACCAAACUCUCAGUAUCUGAAAUUGACGUGCAACCUCUAUCAUCGAGUUCUGGGUUAGACCUUACACAAAAGGUCACCUAUACCCAAGCCCAAGCAGAGCAUAUCUCUGUUAUGACCUCUCCUGUUGGAUCAUUAUCAGAUUUAAUAUCAGUUUGUGCAACACCCAGAAAGAGGUUUCUGUAUAAACAGUUACUCACUGCUCGCAAAGUCAUAGAUAAUAAAUCGAAAAAAAUUCAAACAUUGCAAAAAGUGAACAAGAGACUAAAGAAAAGAAACAGUUCUUUAAAAAAUAUGGUUUGUUUGUUGAAAAAAAAACUAAAUUUAAAAAAAAAAAAAAAUUAUAAUAAAAUGAACAAAUAGGCUAAAUAAAACUUUAACAUUACUCAUUGACAUUGGACAUCUUUGUCUUCCGUGAUCACGGCUACUGAAAAGUGGCCGAAACAUUGUAAUAAAAAUACCGCCCUUAAAACCGUUUAAA